AGGCGGAAGGUCAGGUGCAGCGAUUUGGGGGCAGUGCAGUGGGAGGCGCUGCUGUUGCUGUCUUUGCGUCUCCAUCUCAUGCUGCCAGAACAACUGUAGCUGCUGCUGCUGUUGUUGCAAGAUGAGCUCCUGCUGGCAGCAGAGCUGUUGUUGCCAUUGCAGGUGUAAAUGCUGCAGUAUUUGAUGCUGGUGCAGCGCCCUUUGUUGAUGCUGUUGGUGGUGAUACUGCGCCAGCUGUGCUUGCGGGUGGAAAUGCAGUUGUUCCGCGCACUCUCUGUUGCUCCAUCUGUUGUGGCAGGUCGCACUGUUGGUGCUGCGGUGGCAGCAACGUUUGCAGUAGAUGUUGUGGAGUGUGCACGGGCUGCCCUUGCUGCAUUUGCAUUGGCUGCGUCGUUUGUGGUUGGGAUUGUAAGAUCUGCAUCUGCUGCGUUUGUUGACCAGACUGCUGCAUCGGUGUUUGGACCUGUUGUGCCGUGCGCUGGGAUUGUUGCAUCAUCUGCUGAGGCAUGGGCUGCUGGUCCAGCUGAUGUUGCACUUCUUGGGAAUGGAGGUGGUCUUGCAGUGUUGGCUCAUUUUGCGUUUGCGAUCCCGUGUGUUGCUCCUGCCGUUGCUGGAGAUGCCGCUGUGGCUCUUGGUGUGCCGGCGGUGGCUGCCGUGUUUGUUGUUGGUCCGCGG